AUGCCACCUUCGGGCGCGUGGGGGCCUCCCAUUCCUGGAGUGAGCUUCGGCUUUGGGUUGUUGGGCCCAACCCUGGGACCACCCAUAGACCCGAGGAUCGCACCAGGUCGCCAACACCAGCCCAUCGGCGCCGGACCGAUCGGCGCGGUGGGCGGUGCGAUUGCUCCCCCAGGUGGACCUGACUGGGGGCGGCAUCCAAUGCAACCUCCCCCUAUCCAUCAGCAGCUUCCCCAACAACUGCCACAGCAGCUGACCCAGCAAAUGCCUCACCAGCAACUGCCUCAACAGCUCCCGCAACAGCUCCCGCAACAGCUGCAGCAACAGCAAUUCCAACCCAAAGCAGUGGGAUGUGCUCCAUUGACACCAGCUGAUGCCUUCCAUCCGGAGCGCACACUUUCUGAACCCGUCCAGCCUCAUCUGAAAGCCCCGGAGUUGCCCCGUGAGCCUCCCCCGUUUCGGGAGGUUCAUGAGGAACCGCCGCCCGUGAGAGAGGAACAGCCACGCGCAGAGCGCAAGCCCAGUGGGGAGAAGUAUGUGCCUCCACCAGCAAAGAGGAACUCUCAAGGUGACAAAGAGAAGGAGAAAGAGAAGGAGAAGGAGAAACCUGAGAAGCCCGAGAAGCCUGAGAAGCAGGAGAAGCGCUUCGAGUCUGCUGCGAUCGAGAGGCGCCGGAUCAGCUCUGACAGCUGGGAGGAGACCACACCAAUGCGGGCGGCGCCAACCACACCACCAGGUGCUGCUGCAACCGCCAAGAUUCAGGAGAAGGCCCGCUUCUACGGCUUUGACGGCAGCGACGAGGAGUGGUCAAGAGAGUUCAAGAAGCUAUGCGAGGAGAAGAAGGUGGACCCAAAAAGGGGCAUAGGCCAAACUCUCUUUGGCAAAAUGCUGAACGAGGAUGCGGGACUGCUUGCAACAAAUGAUGAACUCAGAAAGUGGCUCAAGAAGCUGGAGGACAACAACAAGAAGACCGGAGGGUCCAAGGAGGCGAAGGCUCAAGGAGGAGCUCCCAGAGAAGAGGAGGGAGAUGAGUUCUACCACAAGCUGAAGAGGACGGUGAACUGGUACAACAAGCACGGGAAUCUGGCGGACCCAAUUCGCCUCAACCAGGUGGCAGAUGUUUUGGCCGAGAUCAAGCCAAAUCAAGCCAUGAAGAUCCUGUACGACUUAGACACAGCCAAGGACAAGGAGACGCUGCAGGACCCCACCAAUUGGAUCAUCGCCGAGGCGCGGAAGCGGCGCCAGGCCAACGAGCAGCCCAAGGGCAAGGGGGAUGGAAAGGGUGAAGAGAAGGACAGCAAGAUCAAUCACAAGAAUGAUGGCAAAACCGAGAAGCCACAGGAUGUUCCUGAAUGGCGUAGCCAAGAUGCCAAUGACAAAAACGCCAAGGGCGCCAACAAAGGAAAGGCUGAAGAGCCUGAGGAGGAAACAGACCAGUUCCGUGCGAAGAUGAAGCGAACCAUCAACUGGUACAAUCGCCAUGGCCACCUUUGUGCUCCAAUUCGCUUUCAGGAGGUCAUCACAACUCUCGGCAGCACGGACCCGCGUGUGGCCAUGAGGAUCUUGAACGACUUGGACCAAGCCAAUGCAGAAGCUGUGCUGAGUGAUCCGACCAAGUGGAUCAUUGAGGAGUGCCGCCGUCGCGUGCCUGGAGUGCGGGCGCCGAGCGCGCGCUCGAGGGUUGGGUUCAAAUCGAUUUGUCGCAAGUGGGCUCAGUAUGCGUGGUGUGCCGCGCGUUCUCCAGCCUAA